AAGACAUAAACAAACUAAUGUUUUGGUGUUUUUCAAAUAAAAUUUUGCGAUGAAUGAAGUAUGUACGCCAUGAUAAUAUUCACCAACGUGGGUAGAUUGGAUAACGAAGAACUCACAUUCAGAAGAAGGGCUUUAAGAGAUGCUGUUAUUUGUGUUGGCUGGAUUAAAAUCAGCUCCGUGCUGUGUUAUUUGAUAAUAUUCUUCAUGUCUUUUAUGAAUACAAGUACGACGAUGGGUUACACGAUACAAAUUAUGACGUUAUUACCAAUCGUACCUCAAGUUGUGCUUGCUGUUUUAUUGUUCUUGGGAGCUGUAGAGCAACGUGUGCCCGUACUUCAAUUGGCUAUAUGGAUGUGCUUGGUGAUCGGAGGUUACAAUGCCUUGCUGGGAAUAAUAGGCUUUGCCUACUAUAUCCGGACUGGGUACCUCACGAUGCAUUUUCUGUUAGCUUUGAUGUUUGCUAUACUUGCUGUGUCAAUAUUUGCUGUAUUGUGCAACGAUAUACUGAUAAUACAAAGUUACAAACAAGUGAUAUGCCCCCCUGUUCAAACAUUGACAUCGGAUCCAUGCGUAGUCCCAACAUAAGAUUCAAUCAUGAAAGAGUAAAUAACGAUUUAACAUCGA